UGUUUUGUAAAAUGCCUUGAAUUUAAGGUUAUGUUAUUUCUUGAAGACUGAAUACGCAUGUGGACUGUUGACAUCAAAAACAUAGAAUAAUAUUGAAAAAAUGUCUAGUGAGUUGAAUAAACUUACUCUGAAUAAUGAGAUUGUAUUGAUGCGCCAUGAUGUUCGUAAAGCAAAGGUACAUUUGGUACACAAGAUAACCCGAACAAUUGAGACACUUAGAAAUGGGAAAGGACCCAAAAAACCGACUGAAAAAGAUUUGCUCAAGGCAGACAAAUUGGUUGAAGAGAUCAGAACACUGAAGAAAUUGAAGGACGACCUUAUCACCAAAACUCUCCUGGUAUAUGUUGAUGAUCCUCACAAGGUCUUGAGUGAUGUAAGUCAAAAAUGGGAAAGGACCCAAAAACCGACUGAAAAAGAUUUGCUCAAGGCAGACAAAUUGGUUGAAGAGAUCAGAACACUGAAGAAAUUGAAGGACGACCUUAUCACCAAAACUCUCCUGGUAUAUGUUGAUGAUCCUCACAAGGUCUUGAGUGAUGUCAAUAAAUCACUGCAAGACCGGAUUAUGGCGAAAAUGUUCACCCACAAAUCUAUGGCUGCAUCAAUUUCGAAAUUCAGAGAAAAAUAUCCAAACUGGCUGGAAGAAGUGACGGCUCUGUUGAAAACUAUGAAAAAGAAGAAACCGAUGGUGAAAAAGGAAAAGGACGCUAAAAAGAAUACAGCGGUUGGUGAAAAAAGUGAAAAUAACAAUGGAAAAGUUGUGAGAAGUAAGGACAGUGUUAAUAAACUCGAGAAUAAAGUUGAGAAAAGUGUUAGAACUACCGUUAGUUCCACCUCGGGUAGUUGGGCAGUUUCAGGUAGUGUUCAAGUUAUAUCUGAGUUAGAAAAUGAUGACGUCACCAAAAGUGAGAAAGUUUCUAAAAAAUUGGGUGGAAAAUCAGCGAAAGUUACACCUAAUAGAGGUGAGGAUACAAAACAUAGAAUAAUAACUAGUGAUAAUGAAAAGUUUGGUGAAGAGAAUGGAGAAGGGUUGCUGUUUCAUUCUAGUGGGAUGGAUUUAGGGGGCCAAGAAAAUGGGUUUGAAAAGGAGAGAAAAGUUGAUAAAAGACGAUGUGAAGAGGGAGAGAAGUUGAUGAGUGGAGGGAAGAAAAAGAAGAAGAGGAAGAUUGAAAAGUUGGAAGGAGAGGAUAGUGAAGGAAAUUUGGAGGAUAUGUUCAAAAUUGAGAAGGAGACUGGUAAAAGAAUUGACAAUGGUGAGGUUGAUGGAGGUAACCUAGAGGAUAGGUUUAAGAAGGGUAAGAAAUUUGAUGAAAUAGAUGUAAGUUUGAAGAGUAGGUUUGAGAAACCUGAGGUGGAUGACAGAGAAAAUGGAUUAGAUGAAGAUCUGGAGGAGAGGUUUGGAAGGAGAAAGAAAACUGAGAAGAAAGUGAUGGAUAAAAAGAAAGAGGAAAUGAAAGUUGUCGAUCCUUUUUUCAUGACCAACGACAACAGUGAAUAUUUGACGGUGGUUUCAAGUAAAGAGCAGGCUGACGCUCUUCAGAAUCCCUCAAAAACGUCAAACCAUUACAAAAAUGAUGAAGAACUCUAUUACGGUAGUAGCUUGACGGGGGGUUUCAAGCAGGUGAGUCAUCAUGAGCGGAGACAAUCGAGCUUCACCAAUCUCGGUGGUAGGAGUUCGGGAGGGUUUCACGAUAGGAAACAAAACGGGGGUUUCAGGGAAUUCGGGAAAGGAGGGGGUAGAAACGAGGGUGGUUUUGGAAAGAAUCGGGAAGGAUUCGGGAUGUCCUCCUCCUCCACCUCCUCCUUCUCCCUUCCGCGGCGAGAGAGAAGGAAACUGAUGAACGAAGGUGGAAAAGAGACGAAGGCAGUGGGAGAGGAGAAACUGCAUCCAUCGUGGGAAGCAAAACGGAGACAGAGUUGUCCGGCGAUUCCAACUUUUAGCGGGAAGAAAAUUAAGUUUGAUGAUUGAGAAAAUGUAUUUUUAUUGUAAAUAAAAUAAUGUUAUUUAUGAA